GUCAGAGUACCAGCUCAGGGCCAAGGCGCACCAAGACUUUGGGGUGUUCACAGUGCUCGCAAGGUGUCCUGGCACGGACUCUGGCAAAGUCAAAUGUGGCCAGAGCGGCGCGCUAGAGGUGCGUUUGCCAUCUGGGGAGUGGGCGUGCGUGCCUGCAAGAAGAGAGGAAUUGACAGUUAUGCCGGGCACGCUGAUCGAGUACCUCACUGCAGGACGAUGCAGAGGCGUGAUGCAUCGAGUCUCGAAUCCGCGACCUGGGGUUGCAGCUGAUUCUAGACGGCUUUCUGUGACCUUCGUGGUGAAGCCGGACUACACAGCUCCAGCGGUACCACCAGACAGCGACCUUGAGGAUUCAACGACGCCCACUCUGGGCGAUCUGUGGCGAGUAGGUUGGCAGGAAAAGCAACGCCUCACGGGCACCAUGUCACAUGGAGAUGCAGUGCAGCAAUUCCGAAGACAUCGGCAGGAGCUGCGGGAGCGUCUCCUCUUGCAGAAUGUUCUGAAGCACGCGACGCCCUAG